AUGCAUUUGAUGUACACACUUGACUCGGAGGGCAAGCGAGUCUAUACCCUCAAGAAAGUCCUUAACGGCCAGGUCACAAAAUCUGCCCACCCAGCCAGAUUUUCUCCCGAUGACAAGUACUCAAGACAACGAGUUACCUUGAAGAAACGUUAUGGGCUCCUCCUAACCCAACAAUCCGAAUCGAAAUCUUGA